UCACCCUCAGAGUUGGAUGUUUUACUGCAGCAUUUAGGUGACACGUAACGAAAGGUGCGAUUAGGCCUCCCAAAAACUUUAGAUGAAACAUAUUAGUGCGUUUAAAAGACUUUUGUACAUAAUGUAAGUAACGCGACAAAACUUCGACCGAGUGCGAGGGCCGAACUGAAGUCACCUUCGUCUUCGGAAACUUUGCAGAGACUUUUCAGCAGACAUUACCGAUAUGCCUUGUGCUUUUACAGCAUCUGGGCAUAAAUAUACGUUUCAUGAGGAAUAUCGGAGCUGUUUCGGUACCGAGUAAAGAAGAAAUCAUUCCUAGGAAACUUUCUGCGGACUCCAGAAGGGCGAUCAUCAUCAUGGGCAACGGCGUCUGCUCCAGAAAGCAGAAGAAGAUUUUCCAGUCUCUCUUACUGGUCACAGUGGUUUGCGGGAUGAUUUAUGGUGGGAUGGUGUCUUAUGAGAUGCACAAACAACUAAAGAGGACCGAAGCUAUGGCAUUAAAAUAUCAGCAGCACCAGGAGUCUCUAUCCGCUCAGCUUCAAGUUGUUUAUGAGCAUCGCUCCAGGUUGGAGAAAUCUCUUCAGAAAGAGCGUCUGGAUCAUAAAAAAGCCAAAGAAGAUUAUCUUAUGUACAAACUAGAGGCUCAACAGUCCCUCAACAAAGAAAAGCAAGAUGGCAACGUCAGGUUUAACUCUCUGCAUUCACAGCACCAGAUAUUAAAGAACCAACAUGAGGAUCUAAAGAAACAGUAUUAUGAACUACAAGAGAGACAUCAGCUACAAGGAGAUGAACACAACCGAGCAGUAGAUGAACACAAACAGAAACUAGAUGAGCUUCAUCAGAACAAAGAGUUGGAGAUUUCUAAGCUCAAAGAUAAUGUUUAUAAUCUGCGUGAAGAAAACAAGCAGUUGAGAAAAGCUCAUCAGGACAUCUAUGAUAAUCUUCAAGAUACCAGGCAACAGCACAAGAGCUUAAAAUCUUCCCAUGAUCAGCUUGUGUUGACCCUGGAGGACCACAAGAGUGCGCUAGCAGCAGCUCAGGUUCAAUUGGAUGAAUUAAAACAGCUGAAGGACACUUUGAAUAAGGUGCCCAGUCUGAGACAGAAUGCAGGUAUACCUCAACCUCGUGUUGAUGCUCUUCCAGUCCCGAACAGACCUCAUAUUAAUCCUGAAGAGCUCCAUCCGUUCCAGCAAAAACAUCCACAGCUGGAGAAACAAGACAUGGAGAAGCCCCAGCCAUCCCAGUCAGAUAACAGGGAUGAGGAUGGAGAGCUGGGAGGAGGAGCAGAAGAAAGGAGGAGAGAGCUGGCGGAGGAGGAGAUGGAGCAGGCGGGGCAGCCUCAAAAACUUGAGGAAGAAUUUGAUCCGGCCCACAAUGAGGUGGAGGGGGAGGAGCAACAGGUCAACCAACCAGAUGAGAACACAUUAGAGAGCGAGAAACAUGCUCAAGUGGUGGUGCCAGCUGAGGUUCAGGUGCAGAAUGCACAGGUGGAGCGGGUGAAGUCUGCUUAUGAACAGCAGCAGGAGCAGCAGCGUCUGGCUGCGCAGCUGGCAGAGGAGCGCAGACAGCUGCAUCUGCGUCAGGAGGCUCUGGAGAGGCAGCAGUUACAGCAGCAGAAAGAGAGAGAGGAGCGACUGCGUCUCCAAAGGGAGAAAGAGAAACAACAGAACAGAGAAGCUGAUCUUAAAGAACAACAACUUCAGCAGGAGAUGCUCAGGAAGAGGACACAUUAUGAGAACGUGGAUGCUGAUGUAGUCCAGGGAGAGGAAGACCCACAUAUCCCUGAAGAGAAAGAGAGGAAUGUACAUCAAGAAGAAACGAUUCUUGGCGGAGAGGAGCAUGUUCACCAGGAAGAGAUGAAGCGACAUGUAGAAGGAGAUGUAGAUCCAGAGAAUGACCCGAACAACCAGGGCGAGGAUGAGUUUGAGGAGGCAGAACAGCAGCAGCAUCAUGAGGGAGAGGAGGAGGAAGAGGUGGCACCCGUCGGACACCCCGACAUGCACCUGCCUAAAGAGAAUCAGCACCAGGAACACGCUGAUGAACAGCUGGUGAUGGCUGGAAACCCAGACCAGCAGGAAGACAAUCUGGAUGAGCCGUAUCAGGAGGAUGGAGAUGAUGAGGCUCAGGAUGAGGUGGUGGAAAAUCAGAUGCAUAUGCCGGUGAGAGAGGAAGAGGGAGAUCCUUAUAAUGAGGAGAAUGGAGAACAGGAAGAUGGCGGACAUCAGGAUGUAGCGGUAAAUAGAGAUGCACAGCCCGUUCAAGAUCCCAAUGAGGAGAAUUAUGAAGAUGAAGAUGAUGAUGCCAACGGUGAUAAACCUAAAGGCAGGGCAGAAAUGUGAGCUGAUAGGAAGAAACAUUGGACCUGGGAACAUUUCUGUUGGGUUCGGAUGAAUAAGAAACACUGAGAUGCACAAAUACACCCGACCACUGACAGGCCAGACACACUGCUGUCUGAUCAUACGCUUUUCUUCCUCAGUUCAGUUUUAUUGCCAAUACAUACGUUUAGAUUUUAAACCGACGUUGCAGAUUUCUUCGACUGGAUUUUGAAAACACAGAUUUCAGCCAGCAGAUAAGCACAGCAAGAUUUCAUUUUCAUUUGACAAUAUUUAAUAUUUCUUUUUCUUGCAGCUGCACGUGUUGUUGAAGUAAUGCUGUAAUAUUUUUUUAAAGGCAUGCUCCUAACUUUUAUAAAUGGGUUACCAGUAUGCCAUUAAGUUGUUAAGUCCAGGUCGAAUUUCACCCAAUUAUCACAAUAAUGUUUAUUACGACUAUCUAUUAUUUACGACUUCACACAGACUAUGAAUUUAAAGGAUGGGCUACAAUCAUCAUUAAAUCUUCCCAAACACUGGCCGCACCCAUCAGCUGUAUUUCACUUAUUGUGUAAAUCCGUUAAAUGUUUUUUUUUUUUUUUUUAAGAAAUAAUGCAAUAUAACCGUAUUGAAUAAUUUGACACUACAUCAUAUUGGAUCAAUACACAUUACUAUAUGAAUGUUUGCGUGAUUCAAGCAGGCAAUUGUUGCUGUUGACAAUUUAUUUUAAAUGUUGUAUUGUUUGUUAUUUAUCUUAUGUUGACUGUAUACAUAAACCAAAAUCAUUCAGUUACGAACUGAUAACACUGCAAUACUUUGAUAUUUCUUAAUAUUUCUAUUUUAAACAAAGUGCCUCACGAUACAAAAGAGAUUCGCCAAGUUGAUUCAGCUACUGACAUGUUUGUCAGAGGUCUUUAUUAAGGUGGGUUUUUUAAGUCAUUCAUAUCUGCCAACUAGUAUUCUAGUAUAAACUAGUACUAGUAUUCUAUGCUACUGGGUCUUAUUGUUACUGUUAUCUAUUACCUUGACAUCAGACAGUAGAUGAUUUAAUGGCACAUUGAAAGAUUGAAUAUUGAAUAUUCGAGGAGUAAAAACUGUGUGCAUAUUCAAAAGGAUUUGUCCUGAAUGUAUGCUGAAUCACUACAAUAUUGAAAAAAUAUUGUAUUUAUUUUGUCUUGUAUUUACUUGUCUCUUUUUAUAUGACCUUGUUUUGCUGUUUUAUUAUUUUCUUGGUGCAUACACUGCAAAAAAAAAAUGACUUUCUUACUUAGUAUUUUUGUCUUGUUUUCAGUACAAAUAUCUAAAAAUUCUUAAUUCAAGAUGCAUUUUCUUGAUGUCUUGAUGAGCAAAAUGACCUAAGAAAAUAAGUUAGUUUUUAGACAAAAAAUAUAAAAUGUAAGUAAAUGUCUUCUUAAAAUAAGCAAAAAUAAAAAAAUCUGCCAAUGGGUUAAGAAAAAAAGAUUGCAUUUUUUUAAACACUUUAAAUUAAAGAAAAAAUGUCUACCCCAUUUUUUAAGUUAAUUUUGCUCAUCAAGAAAAUACAUCUUGAUUUAAGAGUUUUUAGAUAUUUCUUCUGUAAACAAGACAAAAAUACUAAGUUAGUAAGUAAUUUUUUGCGGUAUAGGAUGAUUAGAUUGGUUAGCUGGUGUAAUUUUUGUGAACCAACUUUUGUGUUAAGUGUUUAUCUUUGUUCAAUACAUUAUAUUUAAAAUAAAUAUAUCUAUAUACCUGUA